GUGUGUGCCCUGUCAUGGCCGACAUCAACACACUGACGGGUCGAGUUGUUCAAAACAUUCAAGAAACUUGAAUUAAAUUUGAGUCAAAGUUCUGAAAAAUCUGCGUCGGUCUGUUUGUUUGAUUGAUCCCCUCACAUUUACCAUGAGGUUGAAAUGAGCCAGACUUGGUGUCGAAUGAAGUAUGAGGAACUUGCUUCUGGGUCCUUCGACGGUUAGCUGUAAGAUGACGAGUAAAACAAGCAGCUUGAAAGCAUUGCUGUUACGAGCCUGGCGUGAGCGGUGGUCGGAUUUGCAAUGGGGAAUCCACAUCAAAAUGAUUUUGCCUCGAGGCGUAAGUGGUGACGUUCACAACUUGGCGGAUUGUAUCCUCCAGCAGGCUUUGGUUGGACCCGGUCCUAACCAACUAGUGUUGUCAUAUUUGAAGCAUACACUCAGCUCUCAGCUUGUAUCUUAUGCAGCAGUGCUCCAGAGGAUAAGCAAAUAUGAGCAUUUUCAUAAGCCGCACUGUGCUAUUAGCUUGCUUGAAUUCCUUCAGAGUAUUCAGUCUGGCAUUACAUGUCGGGGAAAGCCAGAAGAGAGCAUGCUUCCUAGUGCACUUAUGGCCGUAGUGCAUUGGCUCCUGCAGUGCCUGCUGCAUGUCCUGGACACACUUCCAUCAACUGCUGCAGAUUCUUCUGCACUCACUCAUUCUGAAUUGUAUGAUUUACCUGUCAAUAUUUUGUGGAAUAUGGUGAAUGACGACUUUAUGUUGGCUAUUCUGCAUCUUGCAAAGUAUGAGGAUCAAGAUGUGCACAUGGAGGUCUGCAAAAAGUGUCAGGCAAUUCUUGCAUUGUUAUCACAAAACCCAAACUUUUCUCCAGGUUCUAAAUUACAGGAAGUUCUAAGCAAGCUUCAGAAGCUAGACCUAGACCUAGGCAGGAGAUGUUUGCCCAGUUUCCAAGUUGUGAGUGGACUUGCCGCAACAAGAGAUGGUUGUGAACCUCUGACUGACUGUCUCCAGCCCCUUCUUGCAAUCGAAGUUAUGCAAAAUCCCUGUGCUGACACAUAUGCAUUUGUCAGUCAGCUACGCAUGAUUCAAAGGCUUAAGAAUUUAACCAACGCAAGGUUAUACUGUGAACUCAUGAGAGCUUGUCUCAUUACUGUAAAUAACGUUGUAAAUAAUGUGUUGGAAAUGCCUCAAGCUCCACAGUGGGGAGCUUUUGCAUUUAUUAAAAUGCCCCAAGUUUUACUUCAGCUGCACACAACAUGCAAAGGACCUUUGGGACAAGGAGAGUUCUCGCAAGAUGUAGUUGAGGCACUUGAACUUCUUCUUCAAUUCACACCCCUCCUUGACAUAAUUGAUGCCAAGUGGCCCUCAAGUUGUGUCGACUCACUCCUAGCAGCUCUCAUGAAAGUUGGUUUGAUUCAAGAGGAACACAGCAAAAAGUAUAGCAAUAUGAGGCAAGCUUCAAGUUCUUCUAGUGGUCUGAAGUCUGAACAAAGCAGCUCAAUGAAGUUACCUUUAUCAGAUGUUGUUCUUCAAGCUGAGCCAUUAUUAGAACGAAUACUCAUUGCAUUAGACGCUGAUUACAUUGAGAUUCAAGAGCCUCUGUUAAAUGUCCUUGGUCAAGUUCUGAGUGGUCAAAGCUUUGAACUGAUCCUUGCUGUUGCUACUGUUGAGGGAAAGUUGCGCACUUUUGUUUCAAAGCUAAUAAAUUUCAAUGAAAUGUCAAAACAAGUUGGAGGAGUUGUUGGUAAAGCAGCACAAACAAGAGCAAUUCUCUUUGACAUUACCUUCUUGAUGUUGUGCUUAAUUGUUCAAAUGUAUGGAUCAGAUGUUGUCCUUUCAGAGCAAGGUAUGCAUUCAGGGGGCAAUUCAUUUUUUGAGCAAUGGGUUCGAGACUGUAUGGUUGAAAGAAGGCGGCCCAAAUCUCCUGACCAAAUGCUGAAGCACUUCAAUUCAAAUCGUGUUAGUGAAUUGCUUGCCCAGUUAAACUCUGGUAAUGCUGAUUUUCCCAUCAGUCAAGUGAAGUGGCAUGAAGUAUGUUGGAGUAUUCCUUUAGCAAUCAAAGAAGUUCUUGUGGCGUGGGAGCAUGAAGCUUUAACUGCAAAUGAUGUGAAACGCAUUCUAGACACCAUGAAAGCAAGGAUGUGCUGCUUACCUGUGUGUGCUACUGCUUGGCUUUGCAGUUAUAUGCAGAUAUUACCUCAAGAUGAGUUACUCAAACCCAUGAAUAUGGUACAACAGUUCCUCUCAAAUUCUGGUGUUUCCGAAAGUCCUCAGGAUGGUAAAUUUACAGAACGCUCUCAACUUAUGGCAGGAAUUAUAUGUAAAAUGCAGAAUGAUGUUCCUAUUGCUCAGCCAAAGUCAAAAGCUAGAAAUCUUUCUCGCACCAGCAUUGUAUCUUGCCAGCCAAUUUGUGAACAACUGACAACAAUAUGGAACAAGCUCCAUCAGGGAGGAUGGAUUCAAGAUGAAGCUACUCAUCAACUAGAUGGUUUGCUAAAUUCAGGUGGAGCCAAUUGGUUUGUCACAAAUGUAGUAAAGGAAGUUCUAAAGUAUCGUUAUAAAGAAGAUUUAGACAGAGCUGUGGAUCUGGCAUUUGCAAUUUUCCACCUGGAUUUAGAGCAUUGUACUCUCACCCUAAUAUUGCAUGUUCUUCCUCAAUAUCUGCACAACAGAUUACUGAGUGAUGAAUUGGUAGAGCCGCAAGCAUCCGCACUUGCCAAACUGAGUGCCUAUUGUGUGUUUGCUUUUGCGAAUCUGGAUAAUGUUGAUCCUUUCACUCUUCCUAACCCUCGAAAACGAAAUCGACCUGAAGAUUAUGAGGAUCUUGACUUGCUAGUGCCGGCAUGCAAACUUAUGAGACUAGGAAACAGCAAUGGUGACGGAUCACAAUCAGUUCCUUCAAUAGUGUUUAAUGAUUCAGAAAAUGAAAAUAGUAAGAUUAUUAAAGAUCCUCUUGCUUCUGCUUUAAGCAAGCUUUUCCAAACACUCAAUGUGAUAGUAGUCCGUGAUGGAGAGGUCUCACAACAAACUCAUUUUGUUCUGAGAUUCAUUCAACUCAUCGUGUUCUCUGGCAAAGAACAUGCUUUAGCAGUACUCCGUAACAUGCCCAAUACUCUGAUCCCAAGUUUAAUACGUGCUCUUCCUGAACAUUUUUCUACUGACCUGAUUGUAAGAUUAUAUGAUGUACAAAGUAGUGUUGGGCGAAAAUUCACCAUCAGUGAUCUCUGCCUUUUGCGCAAUAUCAGUCUUAGAUCACAGACCUCCAACAUGCUCUAUAACUAAGACCUUAAUUGUUACCAUAUGUAAAUACAAAAUGUAUUUAAAGAAAAUAAAGAUUAUGGUGUUUUGUUAAAAAU